GGCCCAGCCAGCAUGUCUAUCCACUUCAGCUCCCAGGUCUUCAGCUCGCGCUCCUCCGCCUUCCCGGGGCGCGGCACCCAGGUGCGCCUGAACUCGGUGCGCCCCGGCGGCUUCGGCGGCAGCAGCAGCAGCCUCUAUGGCCUUGGCGCCUCGCGGCCGCGCGUGGCCCCACGCUCAUCCUACGGGGGCCCAGUGGGCGCCGGCAUCCACGAGGUCACCAUCAGCCAGAGCCUGCUGACCCCGCUGCAGGUGAACAUCGACCCCACCAUCCAGCAGGUGCGCCAGGAGGAGCGCGAGCAGAUCAAGACCCUGAACAACAAGUUCGCCUCCUUCAUCGACAAGGUGCGGUUCCUGGAGCAGCAGAACAAACUCCUGGAGACCAAAUGGGCGCUGCUGCAGGAGCAGGGGUCGACCAAGAACAGCUGCCUCCUGGGCAUCUUUGAGGCCCAGAUUGCUGGCCUGCGGAAGCAGCUCGAGGCCCUGCAGCUGGACGGGGGCCGCCUGGAGGUGGAGCUUCGGAACAUGCAGGAUGUCGUGGAAGACUUCAAGAACAAGUACGAAGACGAAAUUAACCGUCGCACGGCUGCUGAGAAUGAGUUUGUAGUGCUGAAGAAGGAUGUGGAUGUUGCCUACACGAACAAGGUGGAGUUGGAGGCCAAGGCGGACACCCUGAAUGAUGAGAUCAACUUCCUCAGGACCCUCUAUGAGGAGGAGUUGAAAGAGCUGCAGUCCAAGGUCUCAAACACGUCUGUGGUCCUGUCCAUGGACAACAACCGCUCCCUGGACCUGGACGGCAUCAUCGCCGAGGUCAAGGCCCAGUACGAGGAGAUCGCCAACCGCAGCCGGGCUGAGGCCGAGGCCUGGUACCAGACCAAGUUUGAGACCCUCCAGGCCCAGGCUGGGAAGCACGGGGACGACCUCCGGAAUACCCGGAAUGAGAUUGCGGAGAUGAACCGGGCUGUCCAGAGGCUGCAGGCUGAGAUCGACAGCAACAAGAACCAGAGUGCCAAGUUGGAGGCUGCCAUCGCCGAGGCCGAGGAGCGUGGGGAGCUGGCCUUCAAGGAUGCACGUGCCAAGCAGGAGGAGCUGGAGGCUGCCCUGCAGAGAGCCAAGCAGGACAUGGCCCGGCAGCUCCGGGAGUACCAGGAGCUCAUGAGCACCAAACUGGCCCUGGACAUCGAGAUCGCCACCUACCGCAAGCUGCUGGAGGGCGAGGAGAGCAGGCAACCCUUGAAACAAGAUCUACUUGGCUAAAAGAAGAGGCUGUGAUCUCCAGAUAUGAAGGUCUUUCGGUUCGCCCUGUCUCCACGAACAUGAUAGCCACUCCAGAAUAAACAGUGUUUCUCUUUUACAUAAAGCUUCCCUAAAUGGGAGACAUAAUGCAAGCUCCUUAGGAAACCAUGACUACUUGACCUACUCUGGCAAGUCUUUCCUCAAAUCCAACUUCUAUCUUUCCAGUCGCAGUGAAAGCCUGACUUCUCUUGCUCUCUUUGGAAUUCCAUUAUUCUUGGAUGGAUUAUCAAUGGCAAAUCCCCCACUCUCACCCCCAUGGUAUCCCUGGGCUACUGACCAAUCAGGAGUUUUCAGAAUCAGGCAAAAAAGCAAGAUGAAUGAGCACGUCAUUGAUUUAUGGCUGAGGACUUCCAAUAAGGCCAAAUAAGACAUACAAAUUUAUCAGUUACUACAGAGAACAGACUUUUUGGACUGUCCAAGCUUUUCUUUUCAUUCAGUAGUGUGGUUGCCCAAGGAUUGGUGACAUUUUCCCUUUGCCUAAGAGGAGAGAUUCUCAUUGGGCCUUCCCUGGGGCAGCUGGGCUUGAGGAUGGAUGUUCGAUUUUGGGUUCUUUUCCAGGAUAAAGGAAGUGACGAUGGUCAAAGGUCUCGAGUCCUCCCUGCCCCUUGAACUGAGCCUCCAUGGUAGAAUAAUAGUUGAUAACAUUUAUUGAGCACUUGCUAUGUGCCAGGUGUUGAGUUAAGCAUUGUCCAUGUAUUUUUAA